GGCGGCGGCGCGGGCAGGAGCCCCGGGGCGCCGCCGCCGAGACCAUGAGGAAAUUUAACAUCAGGAAGGUGCUGGACGGGCUGACCGCCGCGUCGUCGUCGUCCUCCUCCUCUGCCGCCGCCUCCGCGCAGCAGCAGGCGGCGGCCGGGGCCCGCGACAGCGACAUCGCGGAGACGCUGCAGUCCGAGCACUUCCAGCUCUGCAAGACUGUACGCCAUGGUUUUCCCUAUCAGCCUUCAGCUUUGGCAUUUGAUCCUGUUCAGAAGAUACUGGCCGUCGGGACUCAGACUGGAGCAUUAAGGCUUUUCGGUCGGCCAGGAGUUGAAUGCUACUGCCAACACGACAGUGGAGCUGCAGUAAUCCAACUCCAGUUCCUGAUUAAUGAGGGAGCUCUUGUGAGUGCCUUGGCUGAUGACACCUUACACUUAUGGAACUUGCGUCAAAAGAGACCUGCUAUACUGCAUUCCCUUAAAUUUAACCGAGAAAGGAUAACAUUUUGCCAUCUGCCUUUUCAAAGUAAAUGGCUAUAUGUGGGCACCGAAAGAGGAAACAUUCAUAUUGUCAAUGUGGAAUCCUUCACUCUCUCAGGCUAUGUCAUCAUGUGGAAUAAAGCCAUUGAACUAUCAUCCAAAUCUCACCCAGGACCUGUUGUUCAUAUUAGUGACAAUCCAAUGGAUGAAGGAAAGAUCAUGCUGAUGACAAGAGAUUUUGAUGUAUGAGUGAACGUGCAUCUAAUAUCAUGGCAGUUCCUCUUCCUCAGAACAAGAGUUGCAGGUAUUUUAAAUGACCUUUUUCUUUCAUUCUUAAAGCUAUAAUAAUACUUGCUCUAAUUC